AUGGUUAUGUCUAUUACAUCGAAUUAUUUUUUAUCAUCAUCUAUAGAAAAUCGUACUCAAUUUAUUCAAAUAAAUAAAAUAAACAAUGAACGAUGGAUUUUAGGAAUGAUUAUUGGUUCAUUACCAUUUUUAUUAAUUGUUAUUUGUUGGAUAUUUAUGUCAAUUGUUGGUAGUCAUUUCGUAGAAUAUUGUCAAUUAAGAAAAAAACGACAUAGAAAUUUAAAAAGAACAAAUCUCGAUCAAAUGUGUAUUGAAAUGAUUCCCGUUUAA